CGGAGAUAUUCGCUGCCUGUUCUGUAUUUCCAGACUUUCCAGUAGCCAGUCCACACUGACCGCUGCCAGGUUCUCGUGUGCCCCGAGAAUCGGGAUUCUGCUGCCUUUUUUCCUCCAGGAUUUUGAGUGUUUUUUCCCUUUUCCAAUGUGGAGAUGUAUUUGCCUAUAGUAGUGACCUUGCUGGGAGUGUGGACCAUUGGAGGACAGACAAGCGACUUCACAAUCAACAGUAUUGAGCUGAAAGCUCUGCCGUCCACUGGACUGAAGAAUGGGGAAGCGUUGGAACUGCAAUGUGUUGUGAAAGUCGCCAAGACCACAGACUUCGUGCUCAACAGCACAAUCAGCUUUUAUAUGGACGAUAAAAAGAUAUACACAAACAGCACCACUGAAGACCAAGUGUCCUACAUCAUCCCGAAGGUCAGGGUGUCCCAUACUGGACAAUACAAAUGUGAUGUGUCCGUUGCUGGCAGGAUAAAAACAAGUGAGGAUGUAAAAAUAAGGGUGACUGGGCUAUCUCCUCCUCUCAUUCAUGUUCCCAAGGAUCCGGUCAGUGAAGGAGAUGAUGUGACCGUAAGAUGUGAAGCUCCAGAAGAAUGGUCCUACAAGCUGUUCACAUUCUACAAGAUCAACAAGAACCAGAGGGAGGAAAAACAAAAAUCCACCGACACCAACUACCAGGAAGUCCGCUUUAUGAUCAAAGAAGGAGAGGAGAUUUUACAGUUUCAGUGCGAUGUCCGACUCGUCCUCCUAAGCGAGAACUCCCCACCUAGCAAAAUGGAGACUGUCCCUGUGGUGGCUCCGUUUUCUGUGCCAAGAAUCGAGGUCUUGCCUUCGCUCAACUUCACGGAAGGAAACAACAUGUCGGUGAAAUGUUCCUUUCAGGAAGGCCGUAAACGUUCGCAAGACAUGAAGCUCACCCUGCAGAAGGACGGUCACAUCAUCAACAGCUCCACCACAAACACUCUCUCCUAUUUUCGAGUGGCCACUGUAGACGACAUGGGCAACUACACGUGUAAGGUGGAGAGCAAAAGAACCUCCAAGUCCAACAGCACCAAGAUAGACAUAGCUGAACUCUUCCCAAGACCCGUUCUAGCACUGGAGAGAAACCGUCAGAAUGAGUACAUCAAGCAGAGCGACUACAUAGUCCUGAAAUGUUCCGUCGCCGGUUUAUCCUUCGAAGAGUCGGCGAGACUCAAGUACAAAUUCCUAGUGAACGGAGGAAAGAGAACCUUCACGAGGGGUGGAGGCAGGUUAGAGAUGACCGCGGAGGAGAGGUACAGCGGGUCCUACGUGUGCCAGGUGACCAUAUCCAACAUCACCAAAAUAAGUGAACCCCUGGAGAUACAGGUCUAUGCUCCGGUAAUUAACCCCGUGCUGACUCACAUUAUGAGGAGCAACAAGUCGGUGGUCCUUGGUGACCCCCUGGAGCUGACUUGUCGCUGCGAGUCCGGGACACCGCCCAUAAUGUAUAGCUUGCUCCUGGGGAACGAUGUCCUGGAGACAAAGACGGUAUAUGGACACAUGGGGGCCCGAUUUCUAGUGAAUUCCUCCAGGUCACAUGACCACGGGCAAUUCAGGUGCCGGGCGAUCAACCGUAAUACUGGAAAUAGCACGAUGUACAGCAAUACCGUGAAUGUCACCGUCAUCAUCCCUAUCAGCAGCGUAAAUCUGAUCAUCAUCCAGCCCAACGGCGACAUAGAGGAGGGCGCCGAACUCUCCCUGAUUUGCCAGGCAGAGAACGGGACGCUGCCAAUCACCUUCCUCUUCUAUAGAAAGAAAGGAAGCGAGAUCCUUCUGCGGAACGUGACCGAAGCGAAGCAACUGCACGCCUCCCACCAAGUGCACCCCUUCAGCAAGAACGAGGACGGCGCCUAUUUCUGCGUGGCAUCUAACCGGGCGCUCAAGGAGGUCAGGAGCGGCUUUGCAGACGCCAGAGCGGUCCUCGCCACAUGGAAGAAGGCGGUUAUUGGCACCUUUGUCUUGCUGAUCGUCCUAGCCGCCAUCGCCAUCUGCGCCUACAUGCACACGGACAAGAAGAAGAAGGGAAAAGACAUUUCCUCAGCAAAGAGCAGAUCCUCAAAACCUGUGACCACAACAAAGGAGAAGCCGGCAGUGGAAAUGAAAGCGGGGGAGCCGCACUACGGUAAGGUUGAAAAUGAGUAUGAGCUCCACAUACUGAAGACAGCGGAGGAAAGCCCAGGAAACAACCAGCAAAACCACCAGGAGGACCAGACAGAGGGUGACGGGGCGAGUCCAGACGCCGACCCAGAUGCCGCUGAAAAUAACGUCAAUACAACAGAAGAGGCUCCCGAAGCCAACAAUCACCCUUAAGAUGAUUCUGAUUACCAAAGUGAACCACGCCAUUUAUAACAGCAGUAACGUGUCUACUGCCCAUCCUGGGCCGAACAAAAUGUUGUAGAUACAAGCCAGACACUGGAGGCCACCACAAGUCAUCUCCAGGUCUUCUUCUCAUCCUCAUGGUUGGCAUUAGACCUCUUCCCAUAAGACCUUUUGAGACAAAGAAUCAAGUUACCACUGGAACCAGCUCAGUCUUCACUGAGGUCCCGAGUAUUCUGUUCCUGGCGCCUCUGCCUUCAGGAUGACUCGAGGUGGACAGAGCCUUCACACCAGGAGGACUAAACACUAAAACUAAUCAGGUCUCCAAGACUGGAGACAAUGGCUGCUCCCAUUGUAGGAGGCCAUUAUGUACAACUGGUUCAUAGAAAAAGACGACGCUAACCAAAGAUGGGCUAGAACCUCCUAGACAGCACUACAGUCGGAAGUGUACUUGACCAUUCCACUGCUAUGGGCCCCCAGGGGCCAAACACCGCCUCCCUAAUCUGUGGUUCCCAAUACAGAAUGAUGCUUGACCAAUGACCUUUCCUCCCUGUGUAAGAAGCACCUCUAUUUUGGGGUCCUGCAUUAGGAGGAGGAAACGCAUCUUGACUUCCUCUUUAUUGCAUUCCCCAUGCUUUAACAGGUUGCUAUGGUAACACAGAGCGCCCCCUAUCUGCUGUUCUGACACUGGAAUCUUCUAUUGCUUUAUUGUAUUUACUGAUUGUAAAUAAAGUUUAUAUAUGUGA